AUUGUUCACUGCAAAUAAAAUGUAUCAUGUUUUGUCUGCGAAUAUAUCUUGUGAUUUUCCUUUUGGAAUUAGCCUCAGGGUUCCUGUUAGAUAACAAUGGAUCGACCGCCAUCCCAAAUGUUUGUAAGGACGCUCAACAGAAUUGCGAUCUUCUUAAUCAAACUUUAGAUGUGUGCCAUGACGUUCACAAUGGGGAACUAUUGUGUAAACAUUACUGUGGAUUCUGUGACGUCGUUCACGGUGGAUGGUCAAUUUGGGGUUCUUGGGGUCAGUGUGACGUGUCGUGUGGUAACGGAACGCGCAUGCGCAGAAGACAGUGUGAUAAUCCAUCCCCGAAAAAUGGCGGAGAUGAUUGUCUAGGGGAGAGGACCGAACAAAUUAUGUGCUUAGUAAACCCAUGUCCAGGUCUGAUAUAG